AUGGGUCGCCAAAUGUCAAUCCGCUUGAGGACCCGUCACUAUUUCCCUGGUCUUUACAACUCUGAUCUGGUAUUGCUACCGUGUCUGGACCAUAUUGAGCCUCCAAUUGAAAACGAAUCGCCGGUUGGCGAGAGAAAAAAGAGUAAAGAUAAGCACCUUGGAGGUGGAGGCAUCAUUCCUGGAGGUGGAGGGCCUGGAGGUGGUGCUGGAGGACCUGAUGGUGGAGGUCCUGGUGGCGGCCCAGGGGGUGGCAUCGAACCCGGUGGCGGUCCUUGGGGUGGCAUCGAACCCGGUGGCGGACCAGGAGGUGGCAUCGAACCAGGUGGCGGACCAGGAGGUGGCAUCGAACCAGGUGGGGGACCAGGAGGUGGCAUCGAACCAGGUGGUGGACCAGGAGGUGGCAUCGAACCAGGUGGUGGACCAGGAGGUGGCAUCGAACCAGGUGGAGGAGGUGGUACGAAAGAUGUUCCGCGCGACGGUGGAGGUGGAGGUGGAGUCGGCAUAGUUGGCGUUUGA